AUGAUUGUAUCUACCGUAAGCCAACCCCAGGACCUGUCGAUGACAUCCGGUGUAGCACAAACGUUUGCCAUGCCCAACCAAGUUGGUUUUGACCUGAAUCAUCCGACCUUCUCAGUUACCGAAUGUUCACUUCCUCUGCAUUCUCUUCUCGUUGCAAUCCUCAAUCAAUACAAGGAACCCCAGCAACCUGUGCUUCCGAACAACCAAAUAAUUGAACAGGCUGUCCGCAAUGCUAUCAUUGAAUGUUUGCCGUGUAAGAACUCGCAAGUGGUUAUUCAUGGACAACUGACCAUCACAGUGGAUUCUGCACCCCCAGUUGACGUAAAAUUUGCUACGACAAACACAUCAGUCACAUCUAAGCGCAAGUCCUACCAGCCUGUUCGCAUUCUCCCGGCUCCCUCGCCAUCUUGUCAGAGCCCUGACUCCGGAGCUCUUGAUCUUUCUCGUGCUGCCUCAACAAUCUCUGAAUCAGCUCCACUGACGCCCUUCAAGGAAGACUAUCAGAUGUACCAUAGCCCUGGCAAGAUCACAACUAGACGACGCCUAGCCGGUGGACGACGACUGUUCUCCUGCAACCAGUGUAGGGAAUUUGACUUUCGAUCCCUUCAGCACUUGGAGGCGCACACUCUCGAGGUUCAUGGUGCAUACCGUUGUCACCUGUGUCACGCCAGGUUCACACAGCGCUCCAACUUGCAGAGGCAUGCACUGAAGCACGUCGGCUUCAAGCCGUUUGAAUGUGGGGUGUGCAGACGAGCCUACUACCGCAAAGACCACUUGAUGCGCCACAUGGAAGUCACUCACCCCAACUUCGCACCAAGGGAGAACAUCAACGUUUACUUGACCUCCUCUGAGAGUUUAGAUUAUUUAAAAAGGACUCAAACAGCUGACCAACCUCCGCUUCAUCUAAAAACCGAACAGGCAAAACAGGAGAUGGACAACAUUGGGCAACUUGACGGCAUCAGUAGCUCUCAUCAACAGGCAGCCUUAUAG